UGUUUUAUUGUAACUUAAACAGAACCAUUUUGUUCUAUUAACUGAUAUGAACAAAACAUAACACAUGCAAAACGUUUGUGAUAGAAAUAUGGCUAUUUUCUUGGUAUAUAGUUUCAUUAACCCUCUAUUUGGGGAAUAUUAAUUUGCCUACAUCAAACGAUCCCAUAUAUUCGGUUAUUCCCACGAAACUCUCUCUCUCUCUCUAUACCUUCCCAAGCCUCAAGGUGAUCUCAUUGCACCUAAUUUAGAAACAAAUAACACAUCCCAUUUCUUCAUCUCCCAAACAUACCAAAGUGAAAACUCGCACGUAGAAAAUAAAACAACUCGUUUUCUAGAGCAUAUCAUGGCCUCAUUUGAUUACAAUUAUUACACAUUGUCACAUGGCUUUUGUUAAGAAUGGAAACACAGAUAGAAGAGUUUCAGAGUGCACGUUCACUGAGAAUUCCGAGAAUCUCUUCGGUUGGUAGAGAGUCAGAAAUAAUCGAGAAUUUACAAUACACGAGCCUGAAGGACAUCAUUUGCAACACACCACCAAAGUGUUCGAUCUUGUACGAGGGAAAUGACUUGGACUCAACCAUUGCCAUCAGAAACGAGUUGGUGAAGCGUGCAGCUUCGGUUUACUUACAAUCCACGGCGUUGUUGGUCACCAGAAACCGAAACUGCUUCGCGGCAUUCUGGGAAAGGCUUAAGAACAGAGCAAAUUCUUAUUCACGAUGGGGUGCUUCGGCUGCAAACCCUUUCAUCUCUUGCAUUUGGCCAAUUUACCAGUUUCUAAAUCACAUGGUGGGGAACAUUCGUUCGUUGCCAUGAACGAACAAGGGACUACUAUUUUAUGUUUUCAUCAUAUCAUGCAUGAUUCAUGCAUGGCGUAGGAGGAUUAAUUCUUUUAUUUUCCGUUUCUGUACAUUAUCAUAAUAUAUAUAUAUAUAUAUAUAUAUAUAUGUCUAGAAUGAGAUGUAUUCAACUGUUUUAAGUUGUUAUUUUUAUUUCUGACACAUAUAUGGAUAAAUUUUUGACCCGAGAAUUUAUAUUCAUUACUGCAUGCAUGGUAAUGUAAUCUCAAACAUUGUGCUGGAGGAUCCAUUUUCGGUGGGUCGAUCGGGAAAAUUGCAGAGCUCGACCAAUUUUCCUAGUCACCGUUGCUAAAAUAACUUUGCCCUGAGAUGUUAUAUUAGUAUUUUCAUAUUAUAUAGAGAGAGAAAGAAAGCCGAGGGUUCAAAUCACAU